AACCCCGGGAUGUCCCCGGUGGACAUUGUCCGGGACCCGAGGAUCGGUCGCCUCUGGACUAAGUACAAAGAGACGGAUCUACCGGUGCCUAAGUUUAAGAUCGAUGAGUGCUACAUCGGCCCCGUGCCUCCCAAGGAGGUGACAUUCGCCCGGCUCAACGACAACAUCAGGGAAGGAUUUCUCAUGGACAUGUGCAAGAAGUUCGGGGACAUCGAGGAGGUGGAGAUCCUGUACAAUCCGAAGAACAAGAAGCACCUGGGAAUUGCCAAAGUGGUUUUUGAGACCGUGAAAGCCGCGAAGGUGGCGGUGCAGUCGCUCCACAACACGUCUGUUAUGGGAAACAUCAUCCACGUGGAGCUGGAUCCGAAAGGUGAAAAUCGCCUCAGGUACUUCCAGCUCCUGAUGAAUGGCAGCUACAAUCCAAUGACCCUGCCUGUUGGUGGAGAGGACGCCAGAGACGUUUCCCCUCGUAGCCUGGCUGAGGUCUUACUGGCCUGCGAGCCCAUCCGAAGGUUGUCAGAGAGCAGCGUGUCAGCCGGGGGAGCAGCUUUACCACCCAGCAGCUCCUCCACUCCUCUGUCACUGGAUACAGGUUUCUCCAGCCUAAGGCAGGACACACCCCAGUCCCAGGGAACCCCUCUUACCCCCCGCCAGACAAGUACGCCCUUUUCUCAAGACUCUAAUUACUCUAGUCGGCAGUCCACGCCUGCGUACCAGUCCAGCCGACCUGAGAGCUCCGGAGGAUACAAAUCCCGGAGACACGAGAGUAAGUUCCAAGAUGCGUACAACCGGAGACCAGAGAGGCCUCAGUACCGCAGCAACAUGUAUCGAGGUACGACAUCGGAACAGGGUCUGUUCAAACAGCACCAACUCACCCCACCUGAACCUCCACCCUCCACCCCGUCUUUCACAGCCCCUCCCCCUGCUACGCCCAACUUCAAGUCCACGUACUCGCCCUACCAGGCUCCGCUGCCCCCUGCGUUCCCCCCAUCAGAGCCUACUUUCCAUCACCCACCCCAGAGGGAGGGUGAUUACCUCCGACCACCUCAGCCGCCGCCACCACCGGCUGCCACUGACUUUUUGCCUGUCAAGGAGGGACCAGAAACCCCUCCGAUUCCCGAGCCCCCACCUGAGCCCGCAGCCCAACCGACCACCCCUCCUCCUCAAACGCCAGAACGCUGCCCCUCCCCUGGCUCCCCUGCACUGGAUCCAGAGCGCAAUAGCCUGGACUCCCGCAUUGAGAUGCUCCUCAAAGAGAAACGGACAAAACUUUUGCCUUUCCUGGAGGAACGAGAUUCGGACACUGAGGUGCGAAUGGAGGGAAGUCCGAUUUCCUCCUCGUCCUCUCAGCUUUCCCCAAUUCCCCCUUACACUGGCAGCUCUCAGGGUGGGCAGCAAAACUCCCGUCCAUCUAGCACAGGCCUGGAGGACAUCAGUCCGACCCCACUACCGGACUCUGAGGACGAGGAGCCGAUUCCUGGAACUGCCCCUCUGGUCAAGAAAAUCACUUCUCCUGUCCACGAGAAGAUGAGCAACAGUGAACUGAAAGAUGGACAGUUUCGAGUCCACACUCCCACUGAUAAAAUGGACACGAGUCAUCAGUCGUCAGGCGAAGACAUGGAAAUCUCUGAGGAUGAGAUGCCUGGGACUCCAAUUACCAGUGGCGAAUGUGGCAAGGGCAUCGUUGUCAACUCCGCAGUGUCCCCGAUGCAGACCAUUACCAUCCCUCCCCCCGGCUUCCCCCCUCUGCCACACCAGGCCGCCUUCACGAUCCCGCAUCACCAACUGUCCCUUCACGCUGCCGUCCAGGGGCAUCCUGCUCACCUGGCCGGUCAUCCCGGAGUGCCUCACCACAUGCUUCCACACAUGGGUCCCUACCCUCCGAGCAUGAUGCCACUGGUGCAAAUGGAGCUAAUGAAUUGCUUGCGGUGGGAGCAGUGGAGCACGGUGCCCAUGUCGUUCCAGAUGCAGCAGCAGAUGUUGAGUCGGAUCGCUCAGACUAGAGGGCCCUAUCCCUAUCCACACUUUAUGGACAGUGGUGCGUCGGCCCAGUUUGGUGGACCUUACGCACCUCUGUCUCUCGGUACUGCGCCCACGAGUGGCAGUGCAGGGGCACCUGGACAACAGUGGCAGCAAUCCAGCGUACCAAAGUUCAACCCCACUGUUCCUCCACCUGGAUACGAGGGUAAAAAGGAGGAUCCGCACAAGGCCACUGUCGAUGGCGUGCUACUGGUUAUCGUCAAAGAGCUGAAGGCCAUCAUGAAGAGGGACCUCAACCGUAAAAUGGUCGAGGUGGUGGCUUUUAGAGCCUUUGAUGACUGGUGGGAUAAGAAGGAACGCUCAGCAAAGGCAUCUUUGACUCCAGUGAAGGGCGCAGAGGGGAAAGAAGAAGAAAGACCCAAACCCAAAGAGACGAUUGGUUCGAGUCUGCUGGAGAACUGGAACAAGGGCGAGGGACUGGGCUAUGAGGGAAUGGGCCUGGGAAUCAGUUUGCGUGGAGCCAUCCGUCUACCCUCCUUCAAGGUGAAAAGGAAGGACCCACCAGAGGCCGCGACAGCAGGCGACAGUAAACGAGCCCGACCCUCCACUCCAGUCGAUGACGAGCUGGAGGAUGAAGACCGGGAUCGAGACCCAGCCGAGCUCCCCUUGGACGAUUCAAAAAUGGACAGCGACAGCAUGUCUGCAAAGCGACGGCACUCGCGGCCACUGGAACUGGACAGCGAGGGAGAGGAGGAGGUGGACACGUCAGGGAAGGAGGAGUCGUCGUUGUCGGACAGAGCGGAUGAACCUGAUGAAACUGGAGCUACAGACAUGCUGUUGUCAGGAAAAGAGAGUGGUGAUGAGGAGGGUGACGAUGAAGACUCAUCCAGCGAGAGUGCCUCCUCCGAUUCAUCUGAUGAUGAAGCCGAGAGUUCAGCCUCCUCCAAGGUCGGCUCAGACUCCUCAGCAGAGAGCGAAGACUCUUCCGAGAACGAGUUAAGCUCAGAAGAGGAGGACGAUGAGGAGAGGGAAGAAGUGGAGACAGUAGCAGAAGAGGAUGAAGGCAAAGAGGCUGUGACGUCGUCCACCUCUUCGUCAUCAUCGUCCUCAUCUUCUGAUGAAGAGGAGGCGGAGGCCAAGCCCCCGAGCCCACCUGCAGGACCUGUCCUAGAAGACAAGGAGGAUAAACGAAGCAAAGAGGUGCUUAGCAGCAAGAACAAACGCAGACCCCCAAGUCCUGUGGAGGAGGCAGUGGACCUGAAGCCGCCUUCACCUAAAGGCCCAGUCAAAGAGCGAGACGGCACCAUCCCCGUAGUGAAGUCUGAACCUCAGGAGCACGUAGCGAACCUUCGGCCACCCACGCCCACAGGCACGGCGCCAGACAGUGACCGGGAGUCGAAAGCCAAAGGUAAAACAGAGGCUGGGGAAGUAGCCUGUACCCCCGGUCGAUUACCCCCACCCCAUUUAGAUCCAAACGCACCUGUCCCCAAACCCGUCUCCGCAUCUUCAAUGCACCUCCCUCUCCCUCCUCACCCUGCGAUAGAAGGUCGUUCCCUCCUUCAUCCACCCCCCGGUCCCCUUCCUGACCUCCCACAGCGGGCCAGGCUCCCCACAGAUGAAGACAUCCCCCGUACACCGGGGAGGGAUCUGAUGGAGCGUGCCCGCAGUCUGGGCAAGUCCCAGAGCACGGACACAGUGCCCAACACACCCGGUAGUGACGCCCCGCUUACGGGGAGUAGCCUUUUGCUUAGCUCGCCUCACAUCCCUGGUAGCCCCUUUUCCUACCCCGCUCAAUCCCCUGUCCUCAGUGCUGGAGUCCCCCGCACCCCAGGAAGAGACUUAACCUUCACCCCUGUCUUCCCUGACCCCACAGCACUAACUCUUAAUAGGAAAGUAUCCUCUGAGAGCCUGGAUGAUAGACCAGUUUUUAAGGAGCCGCCCAUUUGUGCACUGCCUAAUCAAACCCUGUCCACUGACACAGAGCUCUCAGCUAGUGUCCCUGAAGAUCUGCCUGCUGGUCUCACUGUAGACGUCCCUGUGCCAUCAGACACUGCUUCAUCGAAGAGGAAACCUGGACGACCCAAAGGCAAAAAGAUACCAUCUGCUGCGGACGACGAGUCUUUGGAGCUCUCAUCCGAGUCCACUACAUUGCUUCAUGGAGCACACCUCAUAGAUCUAUCCACGCAAAUCACGUCGGCCAAGUCUCCUGACCACCCGAGUCUGGACUUCCGGGAAGGAGACGUCAAGCCUCAGACGGUUCUGCCCGCAGAAGAUGGCUUCCUCUCCUACGAGGACGAGGCGCCUGUGGUCGUGAAGCCGGCUCGGAGGGCGCGGCGAGGCUGGGAAGAGCUGCUGCUGAACAGCCUGUCCCCGGUCACCACGCCGCCUCGGCCGUACUUCAAGCGACGCUCUGACUUCGAGGAGAUGACCAUCCUGUACGACAUCUGGAACGAGGGAAUAGAUGAGGAGGACAUUCGGCUCCUGCAGAUCACCUAUGACAAGAUGCUCCAGCAGGAUAAUGGCAACGACUGGCUCAACGACACACUCUGGGUCGGCCAUCCUUCUACCAACAUCCCUGGAGUGAAGAAAAAGAGGCGAGACGACGGCAUGAGGGAUCACAUGACCGGCUGCGCCCGAAGCGAAGGUUACUACAAGAUCGACAAGAAGGACAAAAUCAAAUAUCUUCAGAGCACGAAGCUGCAGUAUGAGGAGCCGCCGGUCGACACUCAGGGUAUGAGUAUUCCUGCACAGGUCCACGCCUCUACCAGAGCUGGCUCGGAGCGGCGGUCAGAGCAGCGACGCUUGCUGUCCUCUUUCGCAUGUGACAGUGACCUGCUGAAGUUCAACCAGCUGAAGUUCCGUAAGAAGAAGAUCAGAUUCUGUAAGUCGCACAUCCACGACUGGGGUCUGUUUGCCAUGGAGCCCAUCGCUGCUGAUGAAAUGGUGAUCGAGUACGUCGGACAAAACAUCAGACAGGUGAUCGCGGACAUGCGGGAGAAGCGCUACGAGGAAGAGGGCAUCGGCAGCAGCUACAUGUUCCGUGUCGACCACGAUACCAUCAUAGACGCCACCAAGUGUGGCAACUUCGCCCGUUUCAUCAACCACAGCUGCAAUCCCAACUGUUAUGCGAAGGUCAUCACUGUGGAGUCUCAGAAGAAGAUCGUCAUCUACUCCAGGCAGCCGAUAAACGUCAACGAGGAGAUCACGUACGACUACAAGUUCCCCAUCGAGGACGAGAAGAUCCCCUGUUUGUGUGGGGCAGAGAACUGCAGAGGAACGCUGAAUUAACGUCCGGUCGACAGCAGAAGAAUCUCCUGCGCAGACUGCACGCUGACUCCCUGGACGAGGAGGAGGGGAAGACGGGAAGGUCUUGUUCCGGGGCAAAACCUGCAGACGGUCUGAAUAAAGUUUAAGCUACCUGUACGGAACUCUUCACAUAUUUAACUCUAGAUUGUUUACGAAUUAUGGUGCUCUUGAAAAGAAAAAAUGCAUAGUUUUUUAUGAAUGCCAGUGACCCAGAAUCUACAGAAGACUUGACAUUUCCUCCCCCUCCUCUCAGCGAUUUCAGUAUUUCAGCACGGCCCCUUCCCCUUCGAGUCCUGGUUUGUACAGUUUUACACUUUUUUUUUUGUUUUCUUCUCAUUUGUCUCAUAAGCUUUACGUACACCACACGUGAUACAGACUCACACGAUCAGCUGCUUACUAAUACUGUUGAGACGCACAAGCCCACCAGGGAAAACACAACCUCUCUGUGAGGGGUGGGGGACGUGGUUGCCUCCCGAUCAGGUGGCAGACGGCUGCGUUUCCCAUCCUGCAGCAGGCGGGGGGGGGGAAGGACUGCGGAAGCGUCACGGCCCGCCCCUGACUGAAACCCUGCAUUUUCGCUCCUACCUCCUCCUGAACCGGUUUUCUCGGAAAUUAAUCAAACUGAUGAAAAAAAGAAAAUCAUUGAAUCCUGCCACAAAAAUCUGGAUGUUUUUGGGAAAUCGCACCCGCUUUCACCAGCCAAUGACGGAUCGUGCUGCUUCCUGUCGGUUUAUGCAAAAGUCAGAGAUGACGUGAAAAAUUUGUAUUAAUGAUAUUCCAGUGUUUUCCACUUUUGUUCAGAGGGUUCACCUCUGGCUUGUUUCCUUCAAAGACACUAUAUUUGUGUUAUAUGUGUGUGUGUGUCUGAGAGAGAGUGUGUGUGUGUGUGUCUGAGAGUGAGAAUGUGUGUGUCAAGCUUCUGACUCAAAGUAUUUAUCAUGACAUCUCGGCGUUUGUGAGAAUGUGAGUGCACUGCCCCCUGUAGGACACAGCGCAGAAGGCCGACCAAUCAUGGAGAGCAAAAAAAGUUAGAUCAAAACAGAAUCCAACAUCCACUGUGCAGCGUCAAAAAUACUUUGGAAGAAAGAGUUAUUUCCUGAUUUUUAAGUGCCAUACGAAUGCGUAACUUGACAGUUGACGGGCAGAAGAGUCACCUGCAGCCGUGGUAACAUGCACAGAGCUGCUGCCCAUUCUCUCACGGGUCGGGGGGGUGUUGGAUGCUCUCCUCGAUUCAACUGCUACACUUAUUACUCUACCAGUGUUUAAUGUUUCCACGACUCUGCAGAUGUUAGAGGGUCGUUCAUUCUUUAUAAAGUCAUUAAGAUAGAAAAAUAAUAUUUGUGAAUGCACUUCAGCUUUACGCCCUCUUCAAUCAGCCCACUCCACCUCCCACUCCCAUCAAGACCAAGUCAGCCAUUGCUUUUCCUUCAGUUUGAUUGAUGAUGGAGAUUUCCUUGUUUGUUUUUUUUCCAUCAGUGAUGUUUAUAUUGUAUAUGAUUACUUGUACAGAAGAUCGAAAACUUUUUUAUCUUCACAGGGUUAACACUUUUAAGACGCAUCUUUCGCUUUCUCUCUAUUCUUUUUUUAAAAACAGAGGACUGAGUAUUUAAAACUAUUUUCAGGGAUCAGUUAAAAGGAAUCUGAGGGUUUCAAAGGUUGUUUAUUUAAAGACAAGGUUCCCUGUGUACAGGAAAAAAAGUGUCCACCUCCCUUUUUGAAAGAUUGUUUCUUGUAGAAACGUCUUCAUUUUCUGCCCAUUUUGCUUUAUAAUCCUGAAAUGUGUAAAUACUGUAACUGUGAAUACGAUAUAAAUAUAUAUAUUUUUGUUCCCUGGGAAUAUGCUACGUGAACACAGCUCAGGUGGAUGUAACAUAAUGAGGCGAGCGCUGAGCUGGGCUGGUAGCAGGAAAUUCAGCUUGUGUCAAGCUUUGUUUUUUUAUUUUCUGUUGUAAAUUCUAUGAAAAGUUGUUUGCGGUGUGGAGAAAAAAAGGUGCAGAAUCGGCAUGGGAGGAGGACUGAAGCAUCGGCUCGUCUCAUGUCUAUUUAUUACACAACAAAUGUAUGAAAAAGGAAAAAUAAUGGAAAUAAAGCGAUUUUGCAUACAUCCAUAAA